UUUGUGAAUGAGGACAAAGACUCUGUUAAUCACCGAUCCUUUCAAGAAAUUGCAGCCCGUGUCCGAUAUGCCUAUGGAAUAUUUUGUUUCUAAUACAAAAAAAUUCGAAUUCCACCCGCAUGGUGAUGCAUAAUACUACGCACCCAUUUCCUAAAUUUAAUUUGUUUGCAGCUUUAACGCGUUAUCACAUAUACCCACUUCGUUUUGAUGAUUUCCUGUUACAAUUCAUAUUAGUUAUUGUUAUUGCGGAUCACACGCCUGAUCUAUCAUCAGGAGGGGGAUAGAUAGCUCAUGGACGGAUCACACUGUGAUUCCCUGGAGUUUUAAUUCCUUCAUCACCAUGUUUAGCGCCACUUGGAAACCAUUGUUCCUCUGUUUCCUGCUCCUUUUUGUUGCAGUUAAAAUCCAAGGCCAAUCUCUGGAAUCCAAUAUUACAGGCUACAGCUGCUCUGAUGGCCCAUCACCAUGCAAUACAUAUGUUUUUUUCAAAGCCGAUGCUCCUAAUUACCUUGAUCUUGUGAACAUCAGUGACUUGUUUUAUCUGAGCAGGUUAAUCGUAGCAAAAGCCAAUAAUUUGUCUUAUGAUACCACUUCACUAGUUGAGGGGCAACCUUUACUUAUUCCUGUCAUAUGUGGGUGCAUGGCAAAUUACUCCCAGGCCAACAUCACCUACGAGUUUAAGCCUCAAGAUACAAUUUUUCUGGUCUCAAGAUUCAAGUUUCAGUAUUUGACAACAUAUCAGGCUGUAGAAGUUGCUAAUCCUAGCUUGAUACCAACACUUAUCCCUAUUGGUACUCCUGUAACUUUCCCAAUCAGGUGCCAAUGCCCAUCCCAAGCCCAAAUUAGUAAAGGGAUCAAAAUGCAGAUAACAUAUGUGGUGCAGGAGGCAGAUACCCUGAAAUCUAUCAGCCAGAAAUUUUGUGCAAAUCUGGAGGAUUUGAGUUCUCAGAAUGGUAUAUCUUCAAGUUCAACCAUAUUUCCUAAUACUACAAUCUUGGUUCCUGUUUCUGAAAAACCCAUAUUAGCUCCGCCUCCUCCAUCUGUGCCAUCUUCAUCUUUAGGUACAAAUAAUGGUUCUCAUGGUUUGAGUCGCCUGAGGGGUAUUGUUAUAGGGGGAUCUUUGGGUGGGGCUGUUGUGCUUUUGGCUUUGGCUUUAUGGGUUAUUUGGGUUGUCAGAAACAGGGCACUCUUACAUAAAUCAGGAAAUAAGAUUACUGAAGAACCCAAUAGCCCUUCAAAUUUGAAGACUACUGAAGAACUCAAUAGCCCUUCAAAUUUGAAAGCAGAGUCUCUUGCAGUUAAAACCAGCCAACAGGAGAAACUUUUAGCCAGUGUUAUUAGUAGCAUCGAUAAACCUUGCAACUAUUCUAUUGAAAGUUUAGAGAAAGCAACACAAAAUUUUAGCCCUUUGUGUCAUAUUCAGGGCUCUGUUUACAAGGGUACCAUAAAUGGUAAGAAUUAUGCCAUAAAGCAGAUGAAGGGGGAUAUUUCCCAAGAGUUGAAGAUUUUGCAGAAGGUCAAUCACAGUAAUUUGGUGAAGCUAGAAGGAUUUUGUAUCGGUUCAGAGGGCAAAUCUUACUUGGUUUAUGAGUAUGCUGACAAUGGUACUCUCAAUGCCUGGCUUCAUGAUCCUGAAUCUAUUCAGAACAAAAUUGCUACUUCUGAUCUGAGCUCUUGGAAGACCAGAUUGCAAAUUGCCUUGGAUGUGGCUGAUGGGCUUCAAUACAUUCAUGAACACACAACACCUACUGUUGUGCACAAGGAUGUUAACAGUAGAAAUAUUCUCCUGGAUAGCAAGUUUAGGGCUAAAAUUGCUAAUUUCGCCAUGGCCAAAUCAGGGAUAAAUGUGUGCACAAGGCACAUAGAAGGCACACCAGGAUACAUGGCUCCAGAAUACCUAGCAAAUGGAGUAGUGACCCCAAAGCUUGAUGUGUUUGCAUUUGGAGUUGUGUUGCUGGAGCUGAUUUCUGGAAAGAAAGCCAUAGUUCAUGAGUGGGGAGUUCCAUUAGGAGGAAAUGCAGACCUGCUUUGGACCCAAAUUAAGCCCCUCAUGGAAGGGGAAGACAGAGAAGUGAAACUGAGAAAGUGGGUUGAUCCAGAUCUCCAUGGUGUUUAUCCUAACGACACUGUUCUUUGCCUUGCAGAUAUUGCCAAAGCCUGUGUGGACAAAGAUCCUGGAGCAAGACCAAGCCUUUCAGAAAUAGUGUACAGGCUCUCAAAUGCAUUGGAGGCCCAUUUAGAUAAAUUUGAUGAGAUCUUUGAAAAUCCAAAUCAUGAUAUUUCAAGGUGAUUCUUCCUACUUUGCACUAUAUCUAUUUGAUGCACAUCUGAUCUUUUGGGCAACCAAAGUACUAGAUCUUUUCUAAUUGUAAGACUUGUGAAACAAGGAGUUUCCCCAUCAGCAGUUGUUAGUAAAUAUGGCAUGGAUAAAACAGGAUUGUUGAACUUAACUUAUGCAUAUCUGAUCUUUUGGUCAAACAAAGUAUUAGAUCUUUUCCGACUGUUAGGCUUGUGCAAACAAGGAGUUUCCCCUCAACAGUUGUAAUAUAUGUGGCAUAGAUAAAACAGGAUAAAUGAGUUCUAGAGAAUUGAGGAAUUCAUUGAGUUAGUUCAUCUUUAAAAUGUUUGUGAUUCCUUCAAUUUACUGUACAA